ACGUCUGAAAGAUAAACCCUGGUGCAUUCUUGAGAUGAGUACACGGCAAAGCAACGCAGCCAGUUUCCAGUCACUCCAAAAUUGCAACCCGCCACAGCAAAUAAACCUCGAACAAAAGCGACCCUGCCGAGAUAUCGUGACAAUUCAACGCGCUGCAAACUUCUCAGGACUGCAUUUCUAAGUCUCUCAUCUACAGCUGAUCAGGCUCGCAGGCUGCGCGUUCAGGCUUUGUCUGGGCUUCCCGCACUAGCGGCGAUUGCAUCAAGGCACCACCGACGGGCUCCCUUUCCGCCCGCGGGUCCCAGGGGUCGGCGGGACACUCUCCCAUGGAGGAGGAGAAAAGGAACAAUGAGGGGCCCGGGUUGGCCACGUAACCGCCCAACUUCGCUUGUGGGAGGAGGGGGCCAGGAUGGAAUGGGAGGAGACGCAGGGUCCCGCGGCAGCCCCAGCCCAGGCGGAUGGCGGGGGCGGCAACUCCCGGAGACCAAGCCGUAAGGCAGGGCCCCGCCUAAGGGCCACAGGCCACUCAGGAGCGCCCUCUUCCCGGAGGGGCGCAUCCUACAGCCUUGGAGCGGGCCCUGCGGCGCUGCGGGACUCCAGGCGUCCGGGAACCCCACCGCCCGCCGGGGCCGCGGCGCGGGAACAAAGCCAGCACCAACGCGUGCGAGCCAGGCUCCGCGAGUCGAGGAGCAUCUCUCUCUCCCGCAGCCUCGACGUCUCUCCGCGGCGGCUCGCAGCGCCCCCACCGCCGCGGCAGACCCCCAGCCCGCCCGCGCGCGUACCUUGUUCUUAACUUCGGCGGAGAGCCCGUAGGAAGGGCCCUUGUUGAAGUGGGUCAUGGCUGUUUGGACGACUGGAAAGGGCUGUGCUCGGGUUCUAGCGGUCAGUCACCCUCGGUGUCCCUGCUCUUAGCCCCAGCGGCGGCCGCGCGGGUGAUGCACGAGCUCGCUCUCCUGCGCGGCGCCGGAGAAGCCGGAACGCCGCAGACGGACGCGGAUGAUGCUUCGAGGUUCGCUAGGACUCGAGUCCCGCGGAGGCUCCGGGUCGCUCUGGACUGGGACCGGCUGCCCUGCUCGCUGCCCGCUCCGCGGCUCCGCACGCUCUGCCCCCAGCCUGGUCUCCCCCCCCCCUACCCCCGGGGCCUCCAGGGAUUGGCCAGCGAGCCCGACCAAUGGAGCGCCGCCUCCUCCCCCCUCGCCUGCUCCAGGGCUUCCCGGCCAAUGGCAGCGCGGCGGGCGCGGCGCUCCCUCCCGCGGGGUCCCAGCCCCCGGCCCCGCCCUCACGCCACCGAGGACCUCGGCGCCCCUCCUCCCCGCUGGUCAGCGGGCUGCGGCCGCCCCGCCCCGGCGCCUAGGGGCUUCUCAGCCGCCUUGGUUCUCAUCAACUCCCAGGCAUCCGUGGCGCUCCGACGGUGGAGGGGGACAGGAACCUCCCCGAGCUGGCCCGCCACUGACCAGCCACUCCAUCCGUCUCCUCCCGGGCUACAGCGCGCCCAGAUGUUGCGCUGGAAACCCCGGGAGCAGCCUUCGAGUCCACGUGCCAGGCCGGGGGAGGCCUGCGUGGACAUCUGCCAAGUCUCCCUCCCCACGCAGCUGCCGCACCUGUGGGGCUGACCUCUGCCUCGGUCAACGCUCUUUGCCAAAGUCCUGCUCAUCCUGUCUAAACUUUGAAUGCAGAGCGAAAGAAAUUGGGAAAGUGCUGUAGCAGAGCCUGGUUUUGGGGGGAAGGGGUACGGCUUUUUGGGUCCUUUUCUGGAUUCCCACCAGUUGCCCUCGGCAAGCACCUUCACCGGGGGUUCAGCCAGCCCAAAAGGCUAGGUAGUUUGUUUGUUUUUAAUUAGAGGACUGCCUUGACUGAGGAGUCUACCUGCUUUUGUUUGUUUUUUAAUCUCUUUGAAUCAGCACUCUGUAUUCUUUCCCGUCCCCUUUCCUUUCUUCUGAUCUCGAAGGCAAACUGAGAGAGGAAAGGUGAGAACAGAGAGAGAGCGCGCUGUCCUCUGCCUGUGUUCCUGGCACUACACUGGGCUAUAUGUCUUUGAAAGGUUAGCUCAUUCACUUUCCCAAAACUUACUUGGUAGAUUUAAGAUCCGUUUUAGUGGCUUGAAGGCUGCAACUCAGAGAUUCCUAAUAAUGACAGCUAUCACUGCCUCCAGAGUGUCACUGCUUUCCAUGGUGUCUUGGGGCACAUCUAGGACAGGUUUUAGUCCUCUGGGUCUCAGUAUGUUGGUUUAUGUUUCCCAAAUACAGCUGACAUUCCAGAAGAGACUACAGGACCAGGGUCGGCCACCUGCAUGGAAAGAGAAGCCCAAAUAGCCCAAGUUGAACCUUUCUGGGAUAGAAAUAAGGGAGUGUGGCAUAGUGUCUCAAGCUUUCUAUCCCAGCACAAAGGAUUGCUGUGCUGGGAUAGAACCGGAGGUCUGCCUAAGCUACAGAGAAAAGAAAAAGGCACAAAAUUUCUGUCAGCUGAAAGAAUUUUUCAUCAACGCUAUAAGGUGCAAUGUGAUAGAGCAGUAACGAGUCAAACAGGCAGAAACGUGAAGUAACUUCCAAUGAUUUACUGAUUGCUUCUGAAGGUACUCAGAAUAAUUAGGGCAUUCUUUCCACAGAAAGAUGAUGCAGCUGACCCAGUAUGAUGAUACAAGCAGUUGGGGCUGUUUUUCCAGUCCUGUGAUAGUGGCUCUCUGUCAUCCACAAGACCAAACCCACUUUUUAGAACCAAUACUUGAGCCAGAUAUGAAGUCGAAAUUACAACCCUCACCCCUCACCCCUCACCCCCAGCUCUCCUUUAGAACCCCAAACCUCAGGGCUUCUGUUUGGCCCUGAGUGGGUAAGGAAUGGUGGUCAGUGCCACUUGACUAGCCUAAAUCAUACUUGGUAGAAUGCAUGGGGGGUUUAUUCAGUUCUGUCAUCAAAGGCGUGGUUUCUAGUACUUAACAGGGUUGUCUUUAAGGACUACAGAGAGUCAAAGGUUCGUAAUGUGAAAUGAUACUGCCAGUUGAUAGUGGCAGCAGUCACAACUAUGGAAAUUUAACUCACUGCUGGGAGUAAGUAAUGCUGUGUUCAAGAGUGAAUGUGGAGGCAGGUAUCAGGGAGCACUCCUUCAGUCCUAGGGCCCUCGAGGUAGAGGUGUGUGGAUCACUGUGAGUUCAAGACCAGCCAGUGCUGGUCCUAAAGAAGGAAAGAGAGGGGAGGGGUGUAAAGACUUUUAGAAUUGGGUUAAGUGGGCCAAGAAAUAUCUCAGACCACUGUAUGCAAGGUGCCGGAUGCAUAGCCUGACGACUUGAGUUGAGUUUCCGGAGCCCACAUGGAGGAAGAAGAGAGCCAACUCCAUCAAGUCAUCUCCUGAUCUCCACUUGAAAGCAAAUAGUGAAAUUUGAAAAAAUAAAAAAAUAAAAAUU